UUGACGUGCAAGUAUAGCUGGCCGAGGCUAUCAAUGUGGCGCUCAAAUCAACCGCACAACGACAAUAGACUGUGACGGAGGUCUUUCACAGUUAUCAGCUAUCACGAACAGGCGGAAUUUCAUUUGUGGUCAAAUAGGUUUCAAAAACACGCCAUAGUAUCGAGCGUAGUUGCGAUUUUGCUGGCUCUGAGCUGCCAGGCUCAGGAGUAUGACUGUUGGUCACGUGACCUCCUUGGAUCGGGUGGAGGAAGUCGACACACGGAUGUGAACUCAUCCUUCAUAAACUACUCGCGCCGCUGCAUUAUUUUUGCUGUCCGUUCUAACGCACAGCUUCUUAAAGGAAAAGGUCAAAAUGGCCGAGGAACAUGCUCACUGCAUGUCCUGUGUCAACCUAAGAUGCGCGGUCAGACCUCUGCCAGGCGUUUCCUGCCAACUCACCAGCUGCCCUCUAAUGUGCGGCGCAGUGUUUCACACGUGCAAAGCCGAUGAGCACCACUUCCUGUGCUCGCUGCUGCGGGUGCCGUGCCUGAACAGCGCCUACGGCUGCCCCGCCGCCAUGACGCGCAACCAAAUGUCGGCCCACUUGGAAGUGUGUCCGGCCGGGGUGGUGCGCUGCACCAUGGAGUGGAACCGCUGGCCAGUCAGCUGCACUGACUACUCGUCGUACGACCGCUUGAGUCGCGGUGUGGAGGAAGUGGAGCAGCUCGACAUGGCCCUCGCCCUCCAGGAUCAGUGCACCAUGCUGGAGUCGCUCAGGUUGAUUGCCGUCCCGCCGACCGUCCGGACGGGCUCGCCAGACCCUACGGGUGAGAUUCCCAAAGAGACGGAGUCAGGCUUGUCCGAGUUGCGAGCGGCGACGGCGAAAGAGCGAAUCGCCAACGGUAUCAACGGACUGAACGAGCAGCACUACGGCAAACUGUACGAGGCCACUCUGGAGACCACGAGGACCUUAGCCAGCGCUCUGGAGCUGGUGAGCCGCGCAAACUCAUCCGACGGCCGUGUCGAUGGCGCGAGAGCGGAAGCCGCAAUGCAGGGAAGCAGACUGGGCGGACUCGUGCGGCUUGAAAAGGGACGAAGCGCGUGGGCGGCUAAGGAAGAAAUGAGUUCAUUAACGAAUGGCUGCCUGGAGAUGGUCGCAGAAGAGGACUUGGUUCCUUCUCGGGAUUCGCACAACGGUAAGGAAGCGCCGCCGAGGAACAUCGCCGAUGUAUCGGACCUGGUUAGCAUUGCUCACUCAGCCAAUAGCCUUGCUGGAGCGCUGGGAGUAGAAGCCGAUCAGCAGACCCCCAGACCGGUGCACUUCCAGAACGGACAAACCACGGAAGAAGAAAAAAGUUUGUUCAUGAAUGGCUGUCUGGAGGUAGUUGCACGGAAAGACUUGGUUGCUCCUCAGGAAGCGGGUCUGUCCCCUCAUGUGGCGGCCCAAGACAAACCAAACCAUAAGCCAGAAAAGUGGCCCCUCCCCAGUGGCCAGAGUCCAGUAGAAACCGAGACAGAGGACAAAGCAGUUGACACCUCAGAUCUGGAACAGGACGACGAUCCCGUCGGGCUCGGCGAAAUCGACCUGAUCACAGCCGCCCUGAUCUUCUGCCUGGAGGAGUCAAGAGAGUACAGAAGGAUCUCGGAUCCCCUCCGCGUGGACGACCGCCGCGCCCACUCGGGCACGCAGACGUUCCCCAUCCCGGCGGCCGUGCUGGUCACGAACACGAGGGUCGGCGACAUGGCGUCGGCGUCCGCCUGCGACCACGCGUCCCCGCAGAUCCCUUGCCCCAGCCCCUUCCAUACGCUCCGCCUCGGCCUCGUUCCGGAACCGCUGGAGGGCGAGGCGCUCCCGCAUAACUACUCCAUCCCCAACAACGCCCGCUACCAGCACAUGUUCCCCUUCGUGUGCGCUCAGUCCUUCCGCCGGGAUGAGUUCUCCUCCCAUUUCACCAACGUCCACGGCGACGUUCACGCCGGGCUCAACGGCUGGAUGGAGCACCGCUGCCCGCUGGCUUUUUACGGCUGCACCUUCUCCCAGCGGAGGUUUUACCCCACGUCGCCGGGGGCCCAGGUGGUCCACAGCAGGCUCCUUCGGUCCUUCGGAGUGCAGCCUCAUCCCGGGGCCAAACUCUCCGGCGAUUCACAGUCGGACCGCUUCAGCGAACUACCCACCGAGAUUCUGUGGCACAUCGCGGGCUACCUGGACAGCUUCAGCCUGUGCCAACUGUCUUUGGUGUCGCGGACCAUGAGGGAGGUGUGCUCCAGUCUCCUCCACACCAGAGGUAUCGUGGAGCUGCAGUGGGAAAGGAGGCAAAGCGCCGGCGGUCACAGGAGGGUAUCGUGGCAGGUUAAGCACAAAGUGUGGCGGUUCAGCACCGCAUUCAGCCCGGUGCUGAAGUGGGGGUUCACCGACGUCCCCAGCAUGUCAAACCACCUGAAGAAGUGCCAGUACAACACGGUGGCGUAUCGGAGCAAGCCGGUGCCCCUCCCUGCUAUGGGCUUGGGGCAGGAGAACUUGACCAAGCUCCGAAAACAUCGAUGGCCAGAAGAUUGUUAGGAGGCGAUCGAAGCACUCCGGCUGAAAAAGCACUCCGAAAGCAAUGGGGGAGGACAUGAAAUGAUCAUAACACAAUGAUUGUCGUGUGCUUCUUGUCCUCCAUUAAUCCCAGUAGAACUAUCAAGAUAAAAAUCACUUUGAAAAAAAAAAUCACCAGAACUAUCCCUAUUUUUUUGUUGUUGCACACUUUAUUGCCUUAAUGAAAGAACACCUUCCUGCCAACAUGAGUGACUUGUUUAUUUGCAAUAAAAAAUUCUGCCCGAUUGUGCAAUAAUACUAUCUAUUUUCCGCAUGGCGCAAGUAAAUCCGUUUAUCAUAGAUGUCGACAGUACUGUGUGCGACGAAUGUUGGUCUCACCGAUUGAAUGUUACCCCAUGUGGGCCGUGUUGUGAUUUAGUUUUCAGAAUGAUUGCAGCAACUGCAUUUGUAUCGCAUUCAUGGGCAGUUGAGUCAAAUAAAUCGACUUUUUCACA